AUGAGAAUGCGCAAUCCACUGAAAAAGUCCAAAAGACGUCAAUUCCUCGAACUACAAGAAGACCGAGGAUUCACACCUGGUCAAUUUGCUACACCAGAACCAAAGGUCCCUUGGAAAGCCAUUGGGCUUGCAGCUCUUUUAUUCACCAUGGGGUCCGUCCUAGUCGUUGUGGGUGCUCUUAUCAAGGUUGGCUACAUUACAUCCGAGAUUUGGUUGAGCCGUGGUAUUCCAUUUUUGGUACUCGGUAGCGUCAUGUUUAUUCCAGGUGCUUAUCAUUUGUACUUGGCUUAUUACGCUUACUACAAGUAUCCUGGAUACGAUUUUACCAUGAUUCCGGAUUGGGAUUAA